AUGACCAAAUCCUCUUCAACACCCCCUGUUGUGGUCUCGACCACCCCUUCGGGUAUCACAACCAUUGUCAUUUCCCGGCCCCAUCGUCGCAAUGCCGUAAACUCUUCGACUGCUCGAGACCUAUACUCUGCCUUUAUCGAUUUUGAAAAUGAUUCUUCACAAAAAGUCGCCAUUCUCACGGGCUCCGAUGGCUAUUUCUGUGCAGGUGCUGACCUCAUCGAUCUCACUCUGGAACAGGAACAGGCCCGGGCAACAGACAGCCAAUCCUUUCAAAAGCCGGUAGAAAAUCGCAACUGUGGGCCGAUGGGACCCUCGCGGCUACAAGUGAAGAAGCCCGUCAUUGCGGCCGUUGCUGGCCACGCAGUAGCCGGAGGACUGGAACUCAGUCUGCUGGCUGAUAUGCGCGUCGUUGAAGAGGAUGCCAUAUUUGGAGUCUACUGUCGACGGUGGGGGGUACCAUUGAUUGAUGGUGGAACUGUUCGUCUUCAAGCCAUCGUCGGUCUGGGACGUGCUCUUGAUAUGAUCCUGACUGGACGACCUGUCGCUGCUCAAGAAGCGUUGGCCAUGGGUUUGGCCAACAGGGUCGUCCCAAAAGGCAAGGCUUUGGAGGAAGCAACCAAAUUAGCAGAGGAGCUUCUAAGGUUCCCAAAUGGAUGUAUGAACGUGGACAGGAGGUCGUGCUACUAUGCCGCCUACAACGCGUCAAGUUUCGAGGAUGCGCUAAGCAACGAGUUCAACCACGGCGUGAAGGUGCUGGAGACCGAGAGUUUCAAAGGCGCUGCCCGGUUUGCUGGAGGUUUAGGAAGACAUGGAGGGUUUUCGAAACUGUGA